GUAUGUACAUGUACUUAGGGAGCCCUGAUAUCAUAAUACAGUAGAAAUUACAGUAUGUACUGUAUCACAACACGGCUCGGUACCUAAGUACUCCGUCCGUGAUUUAGAAUUAUUAUUAAUAUUUUUUAUUUUUUUUUCCUUUCCCAAUACAAUACAUCAUCGUAUUGACACCACUACCAAUUCAGCCUCUCUGUUCGUAUUCACAACAACGCCAGGAGAAAUGUCGAUAAUGGGGACAAAUUUCUAGUUAAUAUACGAUCUUAUGAGACUCGCGAUACAUUCCAUUAAAAAACAGUGCGAAUUUGAUCAUGGGGUGAGUCGACAGACGAGGAGCAUUUACGAUUAUUUUUGUUCUCUAUUUCGUCUUUAAUCAUCGGGAGUUGGACACGGAACAAGAGAAGGGGCCUCGAGGGUACUGCAUGUGCUUUACUUACUGUUAUCUACCCACAUUAUUUUCUCAUAUAUUCAUCUGCAUGAGCAAUGCGACUCGUCACGACCUUUCUUAACAACCUAUACAUUCGUCACUCGCCUUCUCUCAAGAACACUAAAGAGCGAACUGCGGGGGUGCUAAGCUAACUGUAGCAGCCGAGGAAUAAUAGAUCGCCUAUGAUUCUUAGAGUGGUAGGAUACCGGGGAAUAUCUUUCUGGGUGGGUUUUGCACCAGGAAAUGUCUCGGCCGAGCAUUUUUAGUGGUUAUCGGCAUCUUGCUUACAGUUUCCCGAGAGCGCGCUCGUUCUCAGGUACUUCUUGUCGUCGCGAGAUACUGGACAUCUCGACUCUCCCUAAUCGCAUCUUGCCCAAGUACGAGGAGAGUUCAACCUCUUCACUACUGUCUCUACAAUGGCCAGAGCCUCCGCGGAAUAUCCUGAUCAUCCCGAAACUUCACGCUCCCAAGGUCACCGUUUCCGCUCUUUCUUUUGCCAACCACAUUCAUAGCGAGUAUCCAAAUCUGAAUCUUGUUUUCGAACGCCGGGUCGCCUCCGCUAUUCAUGAAUCGCUACCUUUCCCCAUAUAUACCUCGGAUCCGGGUCAAUUCCCUGGUAAGAUUGAUUUGGUGACCACUUUGGGUGGUGACGGGACUAUCUUGCGUGCUGCUAGCCUCUUCAGCCUUCACGAAUCUGUCCCACCGAUAUUAUCCUUUAGCAUGGGAACCCUCGGCUUUCUUGGAGAGUGGAAAUUUGAAGAAUACAAGCGUGCUUGGCGCGAGGUAUAUAUGAGUGGCAGCCGCGUCGCCGUAUCUGAUUUACAGGGACCACACACGCAAGCCGCAUCUAAUGGCCGCACCGACAAGGACGACGGGCAUCUCCACAGCAAAUGGGAGGGUGUUCGUGGGAAGAGUAUGGGACUUACUCGGUCUAGUAAGAUCCUAUUGCGCCAUAGAUUGAAGGUUGGAGUCUACGAUGCUACAGGUGUCAACAUGAACGAGCAACUCAUGCCCACAUCGACUGCCGAACCUCAGCAACCCAUUCCUCAGAUGCCCCCUGGUUUCGAAAAUAUGGAGGGUUCACCAGAACAAUUUGCGCCACGAUCUUUACACGCCGUGAAUGAAUUGGUUAUUCACCGUGGUCCGAACCCGCACCUUGCAAUUAUCGACGUUUAUGUCAACAAUCACUUCUUAACAGAAGCCGUUGCUGACGGAAUCUUGAUCAGCACCCCGACAGGAUCCACAGCUUAUUCGCUAUCCGCUGGUGGGAGUAUCAUGCAUCCAUUAGUCAAGACGCUGCUGAUUACCCCUAUAUGUGCUCGUAGCCUAAGCUUUCGGCCUCUUGGGUUACCUCUGAACACCAAGGUCGUUUUGAAGUUGAGCGAUAAGAACCGUGGGCGCGAACUUGAAGUCAGCAUCGAUGGCAAGCGAAGGGCCGGGGUAACCAUUGGGAUGGAAAUUCGUGUUGAGGGCGAGACUGUCGGCCGCACCUCUGAUGGUAGUUGGGCGGGAGGAGUACCUUGCGUUAUUCGCUCCCCUAGUAAAGGCGAUCGUGAGAGGGAUGGUAUAGCUGAGGACGAUGAUGGCUGGGUUGGUGGAUUGAUCGGCCUGCUUAAGUUCAAUUAUCCAUUCGGAGAGGGUCAAUAGCCCUAUUAUGACAGGACGAGCCGGCUCUUGCUAUACCAUCGAAAGGUUGCUUGCAUACCCACCUAGGUAGGUACCUAGGAUUGGGUACAUACAUCCCAGGUCGAGUUGGGUUAUAAAUGUCGUUUGCAAAUUAAAAGCCUUGGGCAUUAUAGGAAAGGCUCACCGAGAGAGACGACGUCACACAACAAGUCAAUUAACGGAACAGAGUCAUUUGUUUCAGAAAUCAUUUAUUUAGGCCGUACCCCUACGAAAGAAUCCGUCCGUAUAUCUUCGUUAGGAUUGCAAGCAUAAUCGUCCUCAUGUAUCAUAUGACUGACUACCUGGCUGGGUAUCUACGAAUAUACUGGGUUGAUACAUCCCCGCAUGCGCAAUCCAUCAUAUGGUUGGUUACGCAUAUCAUUCCCCAGUUCCAACGUUCUUCUUGGAUGCCUAGGUACAUACCUGGAUUAG